GGUCCAGAUGUCUACUGCGGCAAAAAGCGGCUCAGUAACAGAAAACGACAAUUCAAUUAAUCAACUUAGACGUCAAUAACCUAUAAUUUUAUCCAGUGUUUCCAAAUAAACCACGUGAUUGAAAGCUUCUCUCCUCUAAAAAAAACUUAGAAUUUUUCUCCGUUUAGAAGGUUCAAGGAAGCUCAAAAUCCCCUCGGCAAAAUCUAACAAUCUUUUCAACAAACAAUACUUUAAUCAUUACAAUCAUGUUCAUUCUCCCACCCGUGCAUGUACCAUUUCUCAUAUAAAUAUACCCCCAUUCCUUUCCUCAAUAAAUCUCACAAGUCACAACUUCCUCUGUUUUCUCUGCAAUUCAUUCUCAACAAAAGAAAGAAAAUUCAUUACCAAAUUAAAGAUUUUUUCAUGAUGUAUGGGAAUUGUGAAUUCGAAAAUGAUUUUGCCAUUCUUGAAUCAAUUCGGCUUCACUUAUUUGAAGACUGGGAAACACCAUUAACAAGCUCCGACAAUUCAACAACCUCGGAUUUGAGCAGAAGCAACAGCAUUGAGUCCAACAUGUUUCCUAAUUGCUUGUCCGAUGAAUUUGAUGCAGCAGAUACGUUUCUUUAUGAUAUCCUUAAUGAAGGCGUUGGCUAUGGAUUUCAGCCAGCUUCUGAUUUUACAAACCCCAAUGUUAAAUUGGAACCUGAAAUAUGGAAUUUACCGGAGUUUGUCGCACCUCCGGAGACGGCGGCGGAGGUGAAAAUGGAACCACCAGUAGUGAUGACGGCGCCGCCGCCUCAGAAGGCAAAUCAUUAUAGGGGCGUGAGAGUGAGGCCGUGGGGGAAGUUUGCAGCGGAAAUUAGGGAUCCGGCGAAGAAUGGGGCAAGGGUGUGGCUGGGUACGUAUGAGACGGCGGAGGACGCAGCGUUGGCAUACGACAAGGCGGCGUUUCGCAUGCGGGGGUCACGUGCAUUGAUUAAUUUCCCGUUGAGGGUUAAUUCUGGUGAACCUGAACCCAUUAGAGUUGGUUCGAAACGAUCAUCAAUGUCGCCGCAGCAUUCUUCUUCGUCGUCGGCGUCGUCGCCGAAGAGGAGGAAGAAGGUAUCUCAAGGGACGGAGCUAACGGUGUUAUAGGUCCCAACUGGGUUCUGUGUAGUGAUUAAGAAAAAUAGAAUUAGUCGAGGGAAUUUGUUUUUUACUUGGCUGAAGUAAUGAAUUUGUUAUUUAUUUA